GGCGGCCAGGACGCCGGACGUGCGGCAGUCGAGGUCUAGGAGACUAGAAGCUUUUGCGGCGUCUGACAGUUGUCCGCUCUGGUUCGCAGGACAGAAAGGAUGAAUUGAAGAAAACUGCGAAGAGAGCGAGAAGCUUCAGCGUGCAUGAUUUUGGAGAUGCUGAACUAUGGGGUUACCGAGGCUUGUGGAGCUCUUUUUAAAGGUGAAGAGAUGGCGUUUGUGAAGAGUGGCUGGUUGCUGCGACAGAGUACUAUUUUGAAGCGCUGGAAGAAGAACUGGUUUGAUCUGUGGUCGGAUGGUCACCUAAUCUAUUAUGAUGACCAGACUCGGCAGAAUAUCGAGGAUAAGGUCCACAUGCCAGUGGACUGUAUCAACAUCCGCACAGGGCAGGAAUGUCGGGAUAUUCAGCCUCCAGAUGGAAAGUCAAAAGACUGCAUGCUCCAGAUUGUUUGUCGAGAUGGGAAAACAAUUAGUCUUUGUGCAGAAAGCACAGACGAUUGCUUGGCCUGGAAAUUUACCCUCCAGGAUUCUAGGACAAACACAGCGUAUGUGGGCUCUGCAGUCAUGACUGAUGAGACAUCCGUGGUUUCCUCGCCUCCACCAUACACGGCCUAUGCUGCACCGGCCCCUGAGGUAGGGAGAACCCUGAGCCUUCAGCAGGCGUACGGCUAUGGGCCAUACAGUGGUGCGUACCCGCCAGGAACUCAAGUUGUCUAUGCUGCAAAUGGGCAGGCGUAUGCCGUGCCCUACCAGUACCCCUAUGCAGGACUUUAUGGACAGCAGCCUGCUAACCAAGUCAUCAUUCGAGAGCGGUAUCGAGACAACGACAGUGACCUGGCACUGGGCAUGCUGGCAGGAGCAGCCACGGGCAUGGCCUUAGGGUCUCUAUUUUGGGUCUUCUAGGGGCCUCAAGGUCUUGAUGUGCAUAGCUUCUGAUAACCCUGUGUGCAAUAAUAUGAUUUGCAGGGCAUUUCUGUUUGUGGCAAAUGUUUUUAAUAAUAGUUUUAAUCGUUCCUUUGAAA